AUGGAUCCAACGACAAAAUCACAAAUGCAUGAUUCAGAAACCACUUCUGACGUUUUCUCCGAUGUAAAUACUUUAACUUUGCAAGACGUUACAAUUAACUUCAGCGAUAUUUUGGAUGCAACAACUUCAGAUUCAUUUACCAUGCAAUUCGAUAAUAACGAAUGUCUACAAUCGCAACAACUUGGUAGACCUGAUCUUAACUUGGCCGUUAGCACGACGCAAAAAUUUUAUCACGAGUUGACUUCCUAUUGGAAUCAACUUGAUGAAAAUCGGGUAACCGAUCUGAGGGAAUGGAUGACUUGCUUUACGACCGAUAAUAUUUAUGAAUUGAUGAUGAACAAGAGGGGUUAUAGUAUGGUCAGUUAUUUGACCGAAUCCACCGGAAUUGAGACCGACGUUUCGAAGGAUCACAUCAAGGAAUCUUUGGAUUUCCUUGAAGGUUUUAAAUCAUUUAAAGAUGGUUACUUAUUUUAUGCAUUCACCAAUUCUUUCAUAAGAAAUUUACCCUUUUUAAAGGGUGUCUCUUCGAGAUUUAAGAACAAGUUGGGUGAUUUUUUUCGACUGUUUUCCGAUAUUAUCGUGGGACACAGGGAAAGGAUUCAUUCGAUCGACGAAAGCGAUGACAAGUUAACAAAUGAUAUCAUGACUUUAAUGUUAAAGUACGAUCCGGGACAAGAUUCCUCAAAGACCUUCAACAAAAAGUAUAACCGUCCCAUGAAUGACAAGGAAUUGAUCAUCAACAUGGUUGAGGCUGCCGGAGGGGGCAUCGAUUCGACCGCAUUUUACUUCACUUUUAUCGUGUAUUAUCUUUGUCGUCACCCGGAGGUGUUGGAUAAGGUGCGCGGUGAAGCUCAAAGGGUUCUCGGAAAAAAUCCCCGUCCAAUUACAAUUGAAGAUUGUGAGAAAUUUUCCGAAAGGUUUCCGUACAUCGAUGCGGUGCUCAAGGAAGUGGCACGCAUGAGUUCAUUGGCUCCCCUGGUCGAUCGCAUUAAUGUGAAACCGGAAGAGUUCGGUGGUCUCAAGUGGCCAGCUUACUCGCAUUUCAUCGUGAACGUUGUUGGUAUUCAUAAUGACCAAAGGUAUUGGAAGGAUCCCGAAAGUUUCAUUCCCGAACGUCACUUGAAUCCCGAUGAGGAUUACAAUUCUAAAGCCUUGAUCAUCUUUGGUGGUGGGACGAGGUACUGUCCGGGAAGGAAGUUGGCCAUGAUCGAGAUAAGGAUCUUGACGGUUUUAACCUUUCUUCAAUUUGAUAUCGAAUUGGUGGAUAAGGUUACCCCUUUAGGUGUCAAAUAUGCCUUCUUCACUCAACCUGAUCCACUUUUGAUAUUCAUAAGACUCUUGUGGAAGUCACCGAUAUGGAAGACACCACAGUCAUAUAAAUUAUUCUUAAACACAUUGAAGAAAGAAAAGACAUUAUAUAAUUAUAGUCAAAUGAUAAGGCACCUCUCGUUUGCACCGUAUCGAAAUCGACCUCAACCCUUAUUCUCAUUCUCGGACAUGCAUUUACUUUCACAAAAAUGUUUCAAUAUAACGCACCUCACAUUUGGACAUGGCGAAGGGACCAUAAUUGCGCCCGAAUCGGUUUUAUUGUUAAUAAAAAAGAAUCCAAAUUUAACAUCGAUAAAAUUCUUAACCUUACAUUUUGAUGACAAAUGGAUGAGUACGGCCUUAAUGCCAAUAAUUAAUGGAAAUUGUUCAAAGUUACGAGAACUUUUAUUUUGUGAACCAUCAUCAACAUCACAACAAGUCAACCGACAUCAGACAGUGAUAACGACGACGAAGGAAUUAAGUUUUAAUUUUUUGUAUUCCAUUGGAAGGAAAUGUAAAACUGUAGACUCCUUAGAGAUUAGAACAAAAAUAUCAAAUACCAAUGCAUUAAUGAUAAUAAAAUUUUUUUCACAUUUAACUUCGUUAAGUAUAAAAACCAUAGAACCCGAAGCUCUUAAAACUCUUUUGCAUGGAUUUCCAAAUUUAAAGUCCUUUUCAUUUACCUUUCCACAAUCGAUCUCAAAGGAGAUGACAACGGAAAUUGCAAAAGAAUUUCCUCCUUUAGAACAUCUUUCCGCCAUUUUAGACUUGGACACAAGUUCGACAUUUAUUAAUACCUUUGCUACCACUCAAACAAAACUUAAAAAGUUGGAAUUGUUCAAAUGUUCCAAUUUGACCGAUUCUGAUUUGAUAUUAUUGUCAGAAUUUUGCAAUCAAUUAGAAUCCAUCAAUUUAAGUUUUUGUCAAAAUUUGACGGAUGAAACGAUCUCCUCCCUUACCCAAAAGAAUCGUCAACUUAAAAAGAUUCAACUUACAAAUAUGCCAAACUUAACGAACAAUGGUAUCUUAUUCAUAGUUAAGAAUUGUCCAAAUUUAACGUCCUUUAUAUUUAAUGUCGUAAAUUAUCCGGGAGGGUACGAUGGUGGUGAUAAUGUUGGUGAUGGUCAAGAACAAAAUGAUAAUCAAAGCCGAAUAACUUCCAUGGCAUUUAUUCACCUUUUACAAAAUUGUAAAAGAUUAAUCGAGUUCUCUGGUCAUUUCCCCAAGAGUACCGCUACAAAACUCUUGUUUGAAUUAUCCAGGAAAAGAUAUUUUAGGGGGAAAGGGGGUUGUUAUAAAAAUCUUGAGAUUUUAAAAAUCUUUCCAACAGGAAAUGCUUGCGUGUUCAAACAUUCAUGCGCUGUCUUGAAGUUCAAAAAUCUCGAGGAAUUAUCAAUUAGACUAAAACAGAAUCAAUCUCUAUCAGCAAAUCAUCUAAAGAGGUUAUCAUCACAUCCUAAAUUAAGAGAAUUUGAGUUGGGUGAUGCCGUUACCGUAGACGCAAAAAACUUUUAUGAAGCGAUGUUAGAUUCGCAGCAAGUAACGGAGAAAGAUGUCGACGAAAAUACUAACGCUCAGAGAAAUGUAAAAACGUUUCACGAUUAUUAUGGCAUACAAUUCACUUAUAAUCCGAAAGCGAGUACUUCAGAAGUUAUAAAUAAAUUAAAUGAGGCUCAAACACUUCAUGAAUCAUUAAAAUUUAAUCAAGCUAAAGACAUUUAUCAAGAAUUGGCGGAUGAUUAUAAUAAUCCUCAUGCCCAAUAUCAAUUGGGAAUGUAUUUUUACUGCAGCGACUAUGGCGUACACGCACUUGAACACGAUAAUCGUCUGAUUCACAAACCCAUGAAUGAUAUUGAUUUGUCAAAAUAUACUGAUUUCACAAAUGAUAACGGCUCAAUAAUAGAAAGUCCUACAACAGAAUCUGAUACCAUGGAUGAGAAUGAUUUUCUGGAUGAAAACGAGGCCAAGCAAAUCGCAAUCGAUUAUUUUCUUAAAUCAGCAGAACAAGGAUAUCAUAAUGCGUUUAAUAUACUUGCGAUUAUAUCUGAGGAUAGUAUAAGGCGACAUUAUUCAACAGGAGAAAAUGUUUCACAUUCGUUACAUUUACAAAAUAAUGAUGAUAUUAUGAGAUAUAUGAAAGCAGCGGCUGAGUGGAAAUUUACUAUUGAAAAUUGCGUCGUAUAUGUUAACAUGUACGCAAAAAUAAAUUAUGGCUCAUUAUUAAUUAAAGAUUCAAAAAAUGAAACAGAUCCAUAUAAAAGACGGGAACUUCAAUCUCAAGGGCUAAGAUAUUUAUUUGAAGCUAGUAGUGUAAGGUUUAGGGAUGCAAAUUACAACGUAAUUAAAGAAAUCAUGACCGGUUAUCAUAAUCCACAAACUCCUGACGAAGAUCAAGAAUCAAAUACAUAUUUGGGAAUCAAAAAUGAUGAGUAUGCAUUGAAAUAUUAUUCUGAUGAAAGUGAAAUUGAAUCUCAUGAAGAUUUUGAUAAUCCUUCAGAGGAUCCAUCGGAACUUGAGCAUGAUUCACGUGAUCAAGAAAAUAUCAGCUAUUCUUUUGGCAAUUCUGAUUGUGAAUCUAUUGGAAGUGACAACACUGAUAAAAUAUAA